GGAUACACCCAGGCUAUGGUUUUGUAUGCUUUUCUAAAGAGACAAUGUGUAUCAAUGUGCUAACCUGUCUUUAGUUGAGUGAGAAUUCGGAGUUUGCGCGAAAAUGUACGGAAGCCGGGCUGGUCUUUAUUGGACCUCCAUGGAAGGCCAUCGAGGACAUGGGGGAUAAGAGGUAAGUCAAUUACUCGGCCUAGUUGUCCCAUACAUCUUACUGACAGUCUUUGAAGCCAGUCUAAGAAGAUCAUGACGGCGGCAGGUGUGCCUUGCGUUCCUGGUUAUCACGGUCAGAAUCAAGAUCCCAGCUUCCUCGAAGCCGAAGCGGAUAAGAUCAAAUAUCCUGUGCUCAUUAAGGCAAUCAAAGGAGGUGGUGGAAAGGGAAUGCGUAUCGCUCAUAGCAAGUCUGAGUUCCAGGCUCAACUGCAAUCUGCGAAGUCAGAAGCCAUGAACUCGUUCGGAGAUGACCAUGUGUUGGUGGAGAAAUACAUCACCACGCCACGCCACAUUGAAGUCCAAGUGUUCGCAGACAAGCAUGGGAAUAGCGUGGCUUUGGGAGAAAGAGACUGCAGUAUACAAAGACGGCAUCAGAAGAUUCUCGAGGAGUCACCCGCUCCUCACUUGCCUGAUGCCACGAGGAAAGAUCUCUGGGCAAAGGCACGGGCGGCUGCUGAGGCCGUAGGCUAUGAAGGUGCCGGUACCGUUGAAUUUAUCUUUGAUAAUGAUACCGGCGAGUUCUUCUUCAUGGAGAUGAACACCAGACUUCAGGUUGAGCAUCCGGUGACUGAGAUGGUCACUGGCCAAGACUUGGUCUACUGGCAACUCAAGGUGGCCGAAGGCGCUAAGCUUCCAUUGACCCAAGAGGAAGUAGAAGCUUACAUGGCGAGCCGUGGACAUGCCAUUGAGGCGAGAAUCUAUGCAGAGAAUCCCGAUCAGGGAUUCAUACCUGAUUCCGGCACACUGCUGCACGUUCGCACUCCUACCCCCUCAGAGGAUAUCAGAAUAGACGCAGGCUUCGUCGCCGGCGAUGAAGUUUCAGCUCAUUACGAUCCAAUGAUUGCCAAAUUGAUCGUGAGAGGCAAUACGCGACAGGAGGCACUCCGCAAGCUUGCGUCUGCACUAGAAGAGUACGAAGUUGCGGGACCAAUUACCAACAUCGAGUUCCUGAAGACGGUCUGCAAGAGCCCUGAUUUUGUCGCCGGGGAGGUAGAAACUGGAUACAUUGAAAAGCAUCGCGAAGAGCUGUUUACUCGUGAGGCUAUCGAACCGGAAGUGCUCGCACAGGCUGCAUUGGCUUGUCUGCACCACGACUCUGCCCCGGUCGCUCGGCAGCAGGCAAAUUUCGAAGGCUCUGCUGUCGGAUUCAGCCCAAGCUAUCAAUCACGGCAGAUAACCUUUGCGGAUCUGACGCCUGGAGCCAAGGAUGGCACCAAGUUUGAUGUUCGUGUUCAACAAACGGAUGACAAUACAUUUAAUGUAGAAGUUGGCGGGCGCACGUUUGAGCAGGUGGUCAGCCACAACAACCCCGGGUCGCAUAUCGUGACCUCUUUCUUCCCCCACACACGAUUGGACACCACCGUAAUCCGUGAUGGCGACUCCGUUAUUGCUUUCCAGAAAGGGACGCAGUAUCGUUUGACGAUACCACGGGCCAAGUGGAUGGACAAAGCACUGGGAAUGAAAGAUGUAACCAACAGCGUUCUAGCCCCAAUGCCGUGCAAAGUGUUGCGUGUGGAAGUUCAGGCAGGCGACGUGGUGGAAAAAGACCAGCCAUUGGUGGUUAUUGAGAGUAUGAAAAUGGAAACGGUCAUCCGCAGUCCGCAAAAGGGAACCAUUUCAAAAGUGGUACAUAAGAAAGGAGACCAAUGUAAAAGCGGCACACCUCUGGUUGAAUUUGCUGAAGAGAGCGGUGAAAACUAGGGAGAGUGCGGCAGAUGUACGGUCGUGUAUAAACAAGAAGGUAAGAAGAAAGUAUGACUAGGGUACCCUUUCGCUCAAGGGGAGAAGAGAGUUAAGGCCGUCGGUACUCUGGGGUCUGGUACGGAGACCGGCCCUCUUCCCCCGAUGGAUACCGGUGGAUAUCAAGGAAAUGUUAAAACACAUCCCUAUGGAGACAGCUCCAAUUUCUCUCUCCCGCGGUGGUAGCAGAAUUUUCAAUGAGCGGUGUUAUCGCAAUGGCGCUGUACAAUUAGAAUUAAGGCGCUGUCAUGUGGACAACGGCACAUGACUUCGGUAGUCUAAAUCAAUGGAUCUAGUAUUCUGUGUCGCA